GUCUGUCCAGCAGUCGUCGCUAAAACUCUCCAAACUCUUUUUCUCUCUCUCUUUUUUCCUUUAGCCAAAGAUCGAUCCCACAAUCCCCAAACACACACACCGGCGGUGUAUUCAUUUGAAUGGUUAAAAACUGUGUUAGCGAAAGCUGCACACAGGGAGGAACAGGGACAGGAGCCGCUAUCGGAGUUUAACCAGUUUUUCACGUUUGUUUGUUUUUUUCCUACGCACCCUGAGAGGACUUCAUGACACCGCACACAAUGAAUCGUUUCCCUUAUUAUGGCAGCUGGUAAGGCAUGAAGAGGUUUGCAUGUCAACCUGAAUAAAUCCCCAAAUGGCUUUCUGCGAUCCCGCCUGCACCUUUCUGCUGAAAAGAACAUGAAGCAGGUGGAUAUUAUAAAUAAGGAAGAUUUAGAUAAAGAAAGAUUUCAAGUCCAUUACGAAAUACACAGCCCGGGCAAAGUGAAGCGAUCGUCGUCUUUCAAGAGGAAGGGUUGUCCAGUGGUGGAGGUGGGCUCGAAGCUGCACCGCACAACAUCAGAUGUAGGCCGUGUCUGUGACCGCGGCAUGGCCAACAAAGAAAAUGAGCUGACGUGCUCCGAUGACGUGCGGGGCAUGCACUACAAUGACAACUGCGGGCUCCCUGUGAACUCCGCAGAGGCCUCCAAGAUGGCAGGGGCCAGCUCGAAGUACAGCGACUUUACUGAGCUAUCAAAGGACCACGAAGCGAUGACUCACGUCCUUUUCGGAAGGAAUCUACGACUAAAAGUAGCCCAAACACUAUGGCGAAGAAACGCCAGUGAAUUAGUGGCCUAUCUAAUAAGAAUUCAAGACACAGGGGUGCUGCUUGACUGCUUACCUGUCUUAACAAACGACCUUCAAACCGAAGCACCAUGUUUGUCACUUGGAUGCUGCGUUGACCUCAUGCCCCAAGUGAAAGUGAUUCUCUCCAGCAAAUACGAAGAACACAUAAUGGUGGGCUUACACUGGGUUCAAUCCGUCAUCAGGAAAUGGUGGCCAGAACUUUCUAAGAAUGAGAAAAGACUGCGGGACAGUCGUUCAGAAGACAGAAAUAUUGAAGUCAUGAAGCAGCGCCUGAAGGACCUGUGGAAAGAAGGAGCCCGGUUAUGUUUGGUUCCUGGAUCUACGGGAGAACUGGCAAAGGCCGUCGAGGCUUAUCUAGCACAGCUGCCCUGACAGUUGUCAAUGUAGCACUCUUGAGGAUGUGACCACUACUGCCGGAUCACGGCUGUGUUUUGGACCGAUAAGGAUGCCAGAGAAAAUGGACUGGUUCAUUCUGCUACUCGAACCUCUUACUGGGACUGAACUUGACAAUUCAGACAACUCCCUCGCUUAGAGCUGGAGACUCUUUAAGGAGGGCUGGGAGAGCC